GAUUCGCACGACUUUGUUGCCAGGGCAAGAGAAGCUGCGGUUUUAGUGUCCGGGUGGAGGCGGAAACUUAUUCCAUAGAGAUAGAACAAAGUUAGAAUCACACGCCACCACAACUAAUUCGAGCAUGCGGUGUAAUGUUUUUAACUCGUUUUCCACUCUAACUUUCAAUGCAAAAUAUAUAAGGGUUUUUAAUCACAGAGAGGCCAAGGGACAGGGUGACGCCGCUCUGCGUCCUUAGAAAAUCGUGGCCAAUUGCAUUUUUUUUAUAAAAAGGAUAUUUAGACCUAUGUGCGCUUCUCAACUUUUCCUAUCUCUGUCGCCUGGCCGCGGCCUUUCCUUUCGGCGUUACAGUUUCCACCCGGACGCGACUGUUGAUGGGACUUUCCAGGGUCUGGCUGCCGCCCCUAAAGCGUAAAUCGCCUCAUGGCUUUCAACUUCGGGGCAGCUGCCGGCGCUGCAGCCGCCCCAAACCCAGUGGGGGCCUUUGGAGGAUUUGGGACAGCAAACACCACAGCCGGAUCUACAUUUAGCUUCUCGGCACCUACCAACACAGGUGGGUUGUUUAGUGCUACACAGAACAAGGGUUUUGGAUUUGGCGCUGGCUUUGGAACAGCAGCAGGCACUGGCCUUGGGAGCGGUUUGGGAACUGGUUUGGGAUUUGGAGGUUUCAGCACCCAACAGCAGCAACCAACACUAGGAGGCCUCUUCAGUCAGCCUGCUCAAGCCCCUGCACAGUCUAACCAGCUGAUAAACACAGCAAGCGCCCUUUCUGCACCCACACUGUUGGGAGAUGAGCGAGAUGCUAUUUUGGCCAAAUGGAACCAGCUGCAGGCAUUUUGGGGCACAGGCAAAGGAUAUUUCAACAACAACAUUGCUCCAGUGGAGUUCACGCAGGAAAACCCAUUCUGCAGAUUUAAGGCGGUAGGUUAUAGCUGCAUGCCCAACAACAAGGAUGAAGAUGGCUUGGUAGCAUUGGUCUUCAACAAAAAGGAAGCAGAGAUUCGGAGUCAGCAGCAACAGCUCGUGGAAUCUUUGCACAAAAUCUUAGGUUCAAACCAGACUCUCACAGUUAAUGUCGAAGGUGUGAAGACAAUGCCAGAUGAUCAGACUGAAGUUGUCAUCUAUGUUGUUGAGCGAUCACCAAAUGGGACUUCCAGGCGAGUUCCAGCUACCACCCUGUAUGCACACUUCGAACAAGCAAAUAUCAAAAGCCAGCUGCAGCAGCUUGGAGUUACCCUCAUCAUGGCCAGAACGGAACUCUCUCCAGCACAGGUCAAGCAGCUGCUGCAGAAUCCUCCUGCAGGCGUUGAUCCUAUCAUUUGGGAACAGGCCAAAGUGGAUAAUCCAGAUCCUGAAAAGCUGAUUCCAGUGCCGAUGGUUGGGUUCAAAGAACUCUUGAGGAGACUGAAGGUUCAAGAUCAGAUGACGAAGCAACACCAAACCAGAUUAGAUAUAAUAUCAGAAGACAUAAGCGAGCUUCAAAAAAACCAGACUACAACAAUGGCCAAAAUAGCUCAGUACAAGAGGAAAGUAAUGGAUCUUUCACACAGAACGUUGCAGGUAUUAAUCAAGCAAGAGAUCCAAAGGAAAAGUGGUUACGCCAUCCAAGCAGAUGAGGAACAACUUCGUGUGCAGUUGGAUACGAUCCAGUGUGAACUCAAUGCUCCUACACAAUUCAAGGGUCGGCUGAAUGAGCUGAUGUCCCAGAUCCGAAUGCAGAACCACUUUGGAACUGUGAGAUCUGAAGAGAAGUACUACAUUGACGCAGACCUCUUGCGGGAAAUUAAACAGCAUUUGAAGCAGCAACAAGAAGGUCUGAGUCAUCUGAUCAGUAUCAUAAAAGAUGACCUGGAAGAUAUAAAGCUGAUAGAACAUGGAUUAAAUGAGAGCAUACUUAUCAGAGGAGGUGUCUUUGGUUGAUGGGUCCCUUCCCUUUUCCAGAGGCCCGCGGAACACAUGCUUUCCUCUCCAUGACCAAAACUCACUAGGUGUUUUUAGGUUCCAAAAGCUGCAGUUUUUCCCCCAAGAAGAACAGAAGUUGAACUGUUCAAGAGCUGUUCUGUGAUCUAAAUCUGCAUUUCUGCAAUAUUAACUGUGUGGCUUGGUUCUAAAAAAAGCAUCAUUGUUAAAAUCUUGAGAGGAAAUACAGUUUUGUCCCUUAGAGCAAACACAACGUAACUGCUGGUUGUUUUUGUGCACACAAAACGUCCAGUUUGUCUAGACAAACUGAUUAUAAAUAAAGCUUUGAACCUUCUGCGUUAUAGGGGAAUCACCUGGGUGUCUGAUGUGCUUCUUUCAGGCAGGUUGUGGAAAAGAAGCACUUGGGAAAGUGGGUUUUAAAAAAUGAUCAGUAGCUAAAGCCUAUAUUUUUAUAUCAUUUUGCUUCAUCAAAAUCAAUCUUUUUAAGAGGUAAUAAAAUCAAAUGUUUACUUCCGAUAUCUUGCUGAAUGCUGUUUGUAAUUGAACACCAGUUUUGUAAAUUCUUGCAGCGGCUACACUGGGUGCUGUGGAUCCAGUUGCUUCCUGAGCAGCAGUUGAGGAGUUUCCCUUUUGUAGGAUGCUGUAUCAGCUAUUAUAUUUCUGAUUGUUCACCUCUGGGAUGGGGUUAUUGAUGUUACAAAACCGUUUCCACAAAUAGCCGUGAAUGAGGGGGCUGGAGUACAAGGAAGAAUUAGCAAAAAAUUGCAAAUAAUGAUUUUGGAGGGAGAGGCUAUUGUAACUUAAUAAAAAACACCACUGUGCUAAUCAACAA